CGAGAUGUCUGAAUUGGAAGGCAUAGAAAGGAGGGAAAAAUGACCACUUUGGGAACGCGUGCCGCGGCGCGUUCACUCAAAGCUGAAGCCAUGCCGGCGAUUUCCAUCCCUUCCCUCCUUAUCUACCGCCACCACCCGCGGCGGCUGGCCACUGCACUCUCCUCUAUCCGCCACUUAAAUCUCUCUCUCUUUUCCCACUCCACUUCUCCAUUCUCAUUAUGCGUAGAAUCAUCUGCACAGUCGCCUGCCGCGAAUGCCCGGUCCGGCAGGUCCGGUUCUCUCGCCGCACCUCCGGCCCAACUCGACGGCGUGCAGAAAAUUGAAGUCAAUCCUCCAAAAGGCACCCGAGACUUCCCCCCUGAAGACAUGCGUCUUCGUAGUUGGCUCUUUCAGAACUUCAGAGAGGUUUCACAAUUAUUUGGGUUUGAAGAGGUGGAUUUUCCUGUGCUAGAGUCAGAGGCCCUGUUUAUUAGGAAAGCUGGGGAGGAGAUCAGAGACCAGCUUUACUGUUUUGAAGAUCGGGGAAACCGUCGAGUUGCAUUGAGGCCUGAACUUACUCCUUCACUGGCAAGACUUGUGAUACAGAAAGGAAAAUCAGUACCCCUUCCACUAAAAUGGUUUGCCAUUGGGCAGUGCUGGCGUUAUGAAAGAAUGACCAGGGGCCGACGUCGUGAACAUUACCAGUGGAACAUGGAUAUCAUUGGUGUGCCUGAUGUUACUGCUGAAGCAGAGCUAAUUUCCUCAAUCAUUACGUUUUUCAAGCGCAUUGGCAUCACAUCAUUGGAUGUUGGAUUUAAGGUCUCUAGUCGGAAGGUUUUGCAAGACGUACUGCGUUGCUACUCUGUUCCAGAAAAUAUGUUCAGUAGGGUAUGCGUAAUUAUAGAUAAGCAGUUGGAAAAGAUUCCUAUUGAAGAUAUCAAGAAAGAGCUUAAAUCGGCUGAGUUGUCAGAGGUGGCAAUUGAAGAGCUAUUGCAAGUCCUCUCUGUGAAGUCUUUGGAAAAGUUGGAAGAGAAGCUUGGGACUGAUGCCGAAGCACUUGCUGAUCUGAAGAAACUAUUUUCAUUGGCUGAGAAGUACGGUUAUUCUGAGUGGAUCCAGUUUGAUGCAUCAGUUGUACGUGGUCUAGCCUAUUAUACCGGAAUUGUUUUUGAGGGAUUUGAUAGAGAAGGAAAAUUGCGAGCCAUAUGUGGUGGUGGACGAUAUGAUAAACUGCUGUCCACUUUCGGAGGAGAUGACCUUCCGGCUUGUGGCUUUGGAUUUGGCGAUGCAGUCAUAGUAGAACUUCUUAAGGAGAAGGGGCUUAUACCAGAACUCAGUCUGCAAGUAGACAACAUAGUCUGCUCCUUGGAUCCUGAUCUCCAAGGCGCCGCUUCUUCUGUUGCAACCAUUCUCCGGGAGAAAGGGCAGACCGUCGAUCUGGUUUUGGAGAACAAACCAUUGAAAUGGGUGUUCAAACGGGCUGCUCGGAUAAAUGCAGGCAGGCUGAUCUUAGUUGGGAGUGAUGAGUGGCGCCGAGGGACGGUCGGCGUUAAAAUUCUUUCUUCCGGCGAGCAAUACGAGGUCCAAGUGAAGGAACUGCAGUAGCAAGCUCAGAAACGGGAGAGAAAACGCACAAUAUACUCUAGAUGUUACAUUUUACCUGUCUUGUUUAUUAUUCAUGAGUUAAACUAACUCUUUCUUCAUUUCUUAUUUUCUUUAGUAAUUUUUAAUUAUUUUUAAAUUUAAUUUUUUU